GGUUCGAAAUCUGAGAAUGGCAGACAUUGACAACAAAGAACAAUCUGAACUUGAUCAGCAAGAUAUGGAAGAUGUUGAAGAUGUGGAAGAAGAAGAAACUGGUGAAGAUGCCAACAGCAAAGCUCGGCAGUUGACUGUGCAGAUGAUGCAAAAUCCUCAGAUUCUUGCAGCUCUUCAGGAAAGACUUGAUGGUCUGGUAGGAACAUCUACAGGAUAUAUAGAGAGCUUGCCUAAAGUUGUUAAAAGACGUGUGAAUGCUCUCAAGAAUCUUCAAGUUCAGUGUGCACAGAUAGAAGCAAAGUUCUAUGAGGAAGUUCAUGAGCUGGAAAGAAAAUAUGCUGCUCUCUAUCAGCCCUUAUUUGACAAGCGAAGUGAGAUCAUCAAUGCAAUCUAUGAACCUACAGAGGAAGAAUGUGAAUGGAAAGCAGAUGCUGAAGAAGAAAUUUCAGAGGAAAUGAAAGAGAAAGCCAAGCUUGAAGAAGAAAAAAAAGAUGAAGAAAAGGAAGACCCUAAAGGAAUUCCUGAAUUUUGGCUGACAGUAUUUAAGAACGUGGACUUGCUCAGUGAUAUGGUUCAGGAACAUGAUGAACCUAUCCUGAAACACUUAAAAGAUAUAAAAGUGAAGUUCUCAGAAGCUGGACAGCCUAUGAGUUUCACAUUAGAAUUUCACUUUGAACCAAAUGACUACUUCACAAAUGAAGUGUUGACGAAGACGUAUAGAAUGAGAUCAGAGCCAGAUGAUUCUGAUCCCUUUUCCUUUGAUGGACCAGAAAUCAUGGGUUGUACAGGCUGCCAAAUAGACUGGAAAAAAGGCAAGAAUGUUACUUUGAAAACAAUUAAAAAGAAGCAGAAACACAAGGGUCGUGGAACAGUUAGAACAGUGACAAAAACUGUUUCCAAUGACUCCUUCUUUAACUUCUUUAGUCCUCCUGAAGUUCCUGAAAGUGGAGACCUGGAUGAUGAUGCUGAGGCAAUCCUUGCUGCAGACUUUGAGAUAGGUCAUUUCUUACGUGAACGUAUUGUCCCCCGAUCAGUAUUGUACUUCACAGGAGAAGCUAUUGAAGAUGAUGAUGAUGAUUAUGAUGAAGAGGGUGAAGAGGCAGAUGAUGAGGAGGGGGAAGAAGAAGCAGAUGAAGAAAAUGAUCCUGAUUUUGACCCAAAAAAGGAUCAAAACCCAGCAGAAUGCAAGCAGCAGUGAAGCAGUGUGUAUGUGGCCUUGAGGAUUACCUGCACUGUAAUAGCCUAAACACAACUAUUAGUUACUUACAGCCUUAUGUUUUGUAUCUUGGUAGAAUUAAGUAACCAAUUUGUUAAAAAAUGGAAUCAAACACAUAAGAACCAGUUUAAAAUGUAGGUUCAAUCUACCUAACAUUUUAACAGUAUAAUUUUCUGCCAAUAUGUAGAAUGCAGUAAAUCCCCUAAAGCAUGAAUGUUAAUUCAUUGCUACAUAGUUUGGUUCUUGUGAAGUCUUUGUCAUGUAGCUAUUAGACUGCAGCUGUGAAGAUUAUCAGAACUGUUAACUGAGACCAAUAUUUGUUUAGAGAAAGCUCUCUCCUGAAGAACCAACCAAAGUAUUUUUUCAGCCCAGUAGUCUGAACGGGUUUAAGUCUGCUUGCACUAGCUGUGCCUUCAUUACUUUGUUAUAGAAAUGGCAGUGACUUGUACUAACUAGGAGAUGAUGAUGCGUUUUGAAUUUGACUACUUGAGAAGACUAGUAUAACUUGUUUAAUUUCCAAUGAGACCACAUUAAACGUUCAUACCUGUCAGCUUGUUUAUGCUAUGGGUUUUGUAUUUUAUGUGACAUAGUGAUCUACAAAAGAAACCUAGCCAUCAUAUUAAGGUUAUUGUUUACCACGGGGUGUGAAUAAAACCUAGUAUUUUCAGAA